CUCUCUCAGAUCCCAAGCAAACACAGGCAAACUUGGUGGCCAUGGACUUAGAAGCACGCCAAGUCACCACGUGGGAAGGUUACGUCGACUGGAGAAACAAACCCGCUCUCAGAGGCCGUCAUGGGGGCAUGCUUGCAGCUUCCUUUGUUCUGGUGGUGGAGAUAUUGGAGAAUCUGGCGUAUUUGGCGAAUGCGAGCAAUUUGGUGUUGUACCUGAAGCAGUAUAUGCACAUGUCUCCUUCUAAGUCUGCCAACAAUGUGACCAAUUUCAUGGGAACGGCCUUCCUCCUUGCCCUCCUCGGUGGUUUCUUAUCCGAUGCCUUUUUCACCACUUAUCAUGUGUACCUGAUAAGUGCACUUGUUGAGUUCCUGGGUCUGAUUGUUCUCACCAUACAAGCUCGCGAGCCUUCACUGAAGCCACCAAAUUGUGAGCAAGAUACCCCAUGUCAAGAAGUUAAUGGUGGCAGAGCAGCAAUGUUGUUUGCUGGUCUCUAUCUGGUGGCUUUGGGAGUUGGAGGAAUUAAAGGGUCACUUCCAGCACAUGGUGGUGAGCAAUUUGAUGAAACUACUCCAUCUGGAAGGAAGCAAAGAUCAACCUUCUUCAACUACUUUGUCUUCUGCCUAUCAUGUGGUGCCCUUAUUGCAGUUACUUUUGUAGUGUGGAUUGAAGAUAACAAAGGGUGGCAAUGGGGUUUUGCUAUAUCUACUAUUAGCAUAUUUCUAUCUAUCCCAUUAUUCUUGGCUGGCUCAGCUACUUAUAGGAACAAAACCCCUUCAGGAAGUCCACUUACAACCAUUCUAAAGGUUCUUGUUGCGGCUUUACUGAAUAGUUGCACCUACAGAAACUCUAGCAGUGCUGUCGUGAAUAUGGCUUCAAGCCCUUGUAAUCCACACUCAGGUAGAAGAGAAUCAGAGGAAGAAACUGUAAAAGCAAGCACAGGAACUGAAACACCAACUGAGCACCUCAAAUUUCUUAACAAAGCAAUUACAAACAAGCCAAUGUAUUCAUCACUAGAAUGCACUGUGCAGCAAGUAGAAGAUGUUAAGGUAGUAUUGAAAGUGCUACCUAUAUUUGCUUGUACCAUCAUACUUAACUGCUGUCUAGCUCAGCUAUCCACAUUCUCUGUUGAACAAGCUGCUACAAUGAACACCAAGCUUGGUUCCCUAAAGGUGCCACCAGCUUCUCUACCAGUUUUCCCUGUGGUCUUCAUCAUGAUCCUAGCACCAAUUUAUGACCACCUUAUCAUUCCCUAUGCAAGGAAAGCAACCAAAUCAGAAAUGGGCAUUACUCAUCUCCAGAGGAUUGGAUUUGGAUUAAUACUCUCUAUAGUUGCAAUGGCAGUGGCUGCACUUGUUGAAAUAAAAAGGAAAAGGGUGGCCAUUAACUCAGGCCUAGUUGAUGAUGCAACCAAACCAUUACCUAUCUCAUUCUUAUGGAUUGCUUUUCAGUACUUGUUUCUUGGGUCAGCUGAUCUUUUCACCUUGGCUGGGUUGUUAGAAUUUUUCUUCUCAGAAGCACCAAUAAGAAUGAGAUCCUUGGCUACUUCUCUUUCUUGGGCCUCUUUGGCAAUGGGUUACUACCUUAGUUCGGUGAUUGUUUCUAUAGUGAACAGUGUCACUGGGAACAGUAGCCACAGAUCAUGGCUAUCUGCUGCCAACCUUAACCACUAUAAUUUGGACAGGUUCUAUUGGCUCAUGUGUGUGCUUAGUGCGUUAAACUUCCUACACUACCUCUAUUGGGCCAUUAGGUACAAAUAUAGAGGGAGAGGUACUACUGAUGAAUGAAGCAAAGGGGAGUUGUUCAUAUGAUCCACAUGAGGGUUUAAGAGUUUAUUGAUCAAAUUUUUGCCUAGCCAUUCCUGAGCUGGAGUUGUGUUCAGCAAAAGGGUGCACAGCAUUUACCCCCAAAGAAAUAGCAUUGGAAUAUCCUUAUAUAUGCUAGAAUAAUAGAUAGAAAGAACAUAGGAAAAAAGAAACAAAAAUAGUGAUAGCAUCACUUCAUGUGUAAUCAAUCUAACUCUGGUUUAUCAAUAGUGAAAGCAAAUGUUUUUAUUCAACUUGUAGUGAUGAUAUAAACCAAUCUUUGCUCUUGGUAUGUACUUGCACUAUGUGAAAUGAGACCACACAACGAAAUGAAGUUUUUAUUUUAAUAUUUAACUU